AUGGACAAAAACUCGUUCAAGCUUGACCAUUCUCUGGAAAGGAGACAAGCAGAAGCUGGUCGUAUCAGGGAGAAGUAUCCUGACAGAAUACCGGUGAUUGUGGAGAAGGCUGCAAAGAGCAACAUUCCUGACAUUGACAAGAAAAAAUACCUUGUCCCGGCUGAUCUGAGUGUUGGACAGUUCGUUUAUGUUGUCCGGAAGAGGAUCAAGCUCGAGGCAGAAAAGGCUAUAUUUGUCUUUGUCAAGAAUACUCUCCCUCCAACUGCUGCUGUGAUGUCUACCAUUUAUGAGGAAAACAAGGAUGAAGAUGGAUUUCUUUACUUGACCUACAGUGGAGAGAAUGUCUUUGGUUCCUUUUAA